ACACAAACACACUGUCAUCCAACACACACACACACACACUCACCACACACAUACAUACAGAGCUUAAGCCACAAGCUCAACAUCAAGGCAAACACAAGGAUAUAUACACACCAACCCCUGGUCCACGGCCUUUGGUCUGCUGGAGCAGGGGCAGGGCAGUGGGAAACCCCGCCCCUGCGUCAGGCCACGCCCCUUUUGGCUGCUGCUGUGUCCUGGACUUGACCCUGAGGUGUCCUGAGCAGCACCCUAGACCCCAGUCCAGCUAACAGGUGAGGGGUGGCCCGAGGGGGCAGAGUUGGGGGGGGAAUUGUCUUGUCUCCCCAAACCCCCAGUUUCCCCUGCCCUGGGGGUUUUGGACCCCGGUGAGAGAACCCAAGUCCUGCCACGGCUGAGCUUGGCUCCGAAGGCCCAGCCCUAGGUGGCAGCCCCUAAGCCGAUUGUGGGUCAAGAGAAGGUGACCAUGAUAAGGGCCAGCGGGGAUCGAGAGGGAGGGAGGAGACUGGGCAGAAGAGAGGGAGGAAUUACUGGACUGAAGAGGGAGAUUGGAAGAGCUGGGUAGGUCCCCUGAGUUCUGGGGACAGAGGGGGUCACCUGAGAGCCGACAGGGUGAGAGAUCUUGCUGGGUGUGAGGGGGGAGGGGGCACUUGGUCCUGGGCACUUGGGGAGGAGGGCACAAGAGUCUGAUGGGGGGCUUCUGGGUCAAAGGUAGGCUUUGGUGGUCUCCUGGUAUUUGAAGAUCCCUGGGCAUUCCUUCCUUAUCAACUGCCCGUUCUCUGGUCUCCCUAGGCAAAGUCUCCUGGGUGUGCAUCAGGAGGGUGCCACCCAGAGCUCCCAAAAAGGGGCUGCCGUACCUCACCCCAUACCCUAGCUCACUCUUAUCUCAGUUGGACAUGGCCUGCAGGGGCCGCACUCGACCUAGGGGCCUGGCCUGGGCCCUGCGACUGACCCUGGCAUGGAUCCUGCUGGGAGCCUGUGGAAGGAGCCACCCAUUCCCAGCUACGUCCCGGAGACAUCAUGGGCUGGUGGCCGAUCUGGGCACAGGUCAGUUGCACCUGGCAGAGAUGGACACACCAAAGGCAUUGGGCCCUGGGAUCAUCCCAAGGCGCUGUGGGGAGCCGAACCCCGAGUGCAAAUCCUUCCUGGGACACCUCCAAAUUGCCCUCCGCAGUCGCUUGCGCCUGCUGCAGUUGGGGGUCCGCCGGGGGCAGCCGCUCUGCGCAGAGCUCUGCGAUGCCUGGUUUGCCACCUGCGAAAGUGCUAUCGCCUGCGGCCGCACUUGGCUCCCAUUCCCGGAAAAGAAGGGCUGCGAGCCGGACUGCACUAUCUAUGGGCAGACAUUCACUGACGGAGCCGACCUUUGCCGCUCGGUUCUGGGCUCCGCGCUGCCGGUGGCAGCUCCGGGCACCGCUCACUGUCUCAGCAUCUCCAUCUCGGGGCUUCCGCGUCCCGGACACGGACGGAGGGCCCGGGACACCGCCUUCCCGCGCCCCCGCCGCCCUCGCACCUGGAUCCCGGACGCUGCGGGCAGCGGGAGCGGCAGCGGCAGCGGCGGCGGCGCCUAGAGGGCGCCUGGCCUCGGCUGGGAGCUGGUCCC